AGCAAGUUUGGCUCAAGCCAUCCUCUCCGGGGCGCGCGCGUCGGCAUGUCCUUUCUCCGCUGGUGGGCUACGUGACCAGCGGAUGCGCUCCAAGAAGAACAGGUACAACUGCUUCGCGGCCCGUGUCCGGCUGGUGGAGAAAGGCACGUACACCAACCUCGACUCUAGCCUGUAUGCGUCAGCUCUUCGCCGUCACGCGUUCCACUGCGAUUUGCUCGAGCACAAUGUGCGCUUCCCGUCGCAGGCUCUGUCGCUUACCCGGCCUCUUGUGGGCCAACGGAUCUGCAAACGUGAUUGUCGCCUUUUUCGUGCUGCGGCCGCUGAGCGUCAUAAUGUCUUUCGCCAUCCUGCUGGGACCAAGCGUUGGGUUCCGGUUGUGCCGUCGUGUGCGCUGUCAUAUUCUGCGAACUGUGGUCUGAGAUCUGAGACGUGAUGCCCCUGUGUUUGUUCCUGGUGUUGUGGGCAGCUGGGCUUCUAUGUCUCUGCCUCUUCGUAUUCCUGGCGACGGCUUGUUAGAUGAAGAUUUUGUCUCUUUGGGGUUCUGCUGGCUUCAACACCAGCUUGAUCAACUCUGGUCGUAUGCUGCUCAGUGGCUUGCUUCUUUGGGCGAGUGCGCGGAAUCUUGCUUCGAGGCGCGCAAGGGCUACGUGCUCAUGCAGGUCGUCGAGCAAAUGACCGAGCGCCAGCUUCCGAAGCUCAGCGACUUGGAAAUCAUUGUUUCGACUAUGCUUGGAAAUCGUGAUUUCAAUCAGCGGCUGGACAGCUUGUUGGCUGAAGUCAAUGACAGGAUCGCAGUCUUUCGUAGCACGGUGCUUGACAAUGUUCGGCGCGAGUUCUCGGACGCGCUCGCGCAGCUCAAGGGGCGGAUCAGCCAGCUACCGCAGCUUGCCGAGUUUCAGUCACAGGUGGAGCGCCUGAUUGCUGCACUGCCCGCGCACCAGAAGGAUGUCGAGACCCGCGUGGGCAGUAUUUUUCGAGAUGGUGCCGCGGCGCAGCAGGCUUUCUUGGAGGAGGCUGUGCUCAGGGUGCAACGGUGCGUUGUGGAUCCUUCCCUUGCUACGGUUGAGAAGUGGGCGGCCCUGCCGCUGUCCACCUUGUGGGGCGACUGCCGGAUGCUCAUCGACAAGCACGCAGCGUCAGCCAACAAUUUCGUUUCCUCGACUCGCGAGGGCGUUGUGAUGGAAGUGCACGUGUUACUGGAGAAUGUGUCUACCGACAUUAUUGCGCUGAGGGGCUCGGCGACUUUCGUGCAGAAAUGCAAGGCUGAGUUCUCGCAGUCUGCCAUGCUGCGGGACGCGGUCCAGGACCCUUCCACGAAGGUGUCCAUCCACGAGGUCGCCAUCCAGAAGCUCACGGCGCUUAUCGGCGAAGUGGCCGCCCACUCCCCGUCGACCGUCGUCGACGCGGCUUCGAGCGAAUUCAACCUGUUCCUUGACUCCGUCGCGCUGGCCUCCCAGGUGCGCCAAGUGUUGGGGCAGAUUCACCCCGGCGCCCCUGUUCUCCCUCCUAGAGCUAAACACGUUGAACAAAAACGCUACAACACCAGUCUGACGCCGGCCCGAAGCAGGCCCGGAGGCCCCAUGCCCCAGCAGGGGCAAUCGACCAUCGGGGCCGCCAGAUUGCACGCCAGACUGCACGCCAGGAGAAGGAAUUGAGGACCUCCCAGAUGGCAACGUUCACCAUGCAACCAACUGAUCUGACAAGGCUGACAAACGUAGCUGGCACAACAAUCAUAUUUUGUGUUUCAGCAUGUCUAGUUUUGCUGCUGGGGCUUAAAAGCGCUAGACAAAUUGAUUUCCAACCCGACGAGAUAAAGCCGAUAAAAAUAAACGCCUUGGGCAUAUUGUAGGGGCCUUCGGCCAGUGCCGCCGAUCCGGGUCGCUUGGGG